AUGUCGGAGAAAAAGUUUACAUUGUUAGAUGCAGUGGCUGAUUUUGAUACAGCUGGUGUCAGGAUAUCAACGAACCAGGAUUCAAAUUUUGAAUUGUGUUUCAUCUGCCAAGAACCGUCGGAAGAGCAACUUGUCUGCCCAGCAACCGUACAGAUAAAUCUACUGGCUACCUUACCUUGGUCCAGCAGCUUAAACAGUUUGAAACGAUUGGUAAAUUACCUAUCAGUAUAUCUUCUAGAGUUAACUACUUGAGCUGCAAUGAUUUACUUGAAAGGUUUGUCAGCAACAAAGCCAAAUUUCAUAAAAAAUGCAGAAAUAAAUACGACAAACAACACUACGAUAGGGCUUCAAAGAAAAGAAAACUAUCCUCUGAGAGCGUCUCGGAUACUGUUUUACCACCAAGCACAAGAGCACGGUACACAGCCCAAAAUUUUCAACCAAAAUGUUUCUUUUGUGAUAAAGAAGACUCAGCCGAAAACCUAACCAAAGUGCAGACACUCGAGCUUGACAGAAAAGUGCGUAAUGCAGCCAAUCAUCUUUGUGAUGAAAUGCUUUUAGCCAAGUUGAGUGAGGGUGAUAUGAUAGCAGUAGAAGCUCUUUACCAUAAAUCAUAUCUUUCUGCUCUUUACAACAGGCUACGCGAUUUACAAACUACCAAACCUAAAGCAGACUCUGAGAAUGCUAUCAUCGAGGGGAUAGUUCUUGCAGAGAUUUUGGAUUACUUAAAAAAUUAUAAAGCGUCUACAGAAACCAUCCCAGUGUUUAAAUUGAGUGACUUAAAAUCAUUGUAUUUGCAAUGCCUAAAGGAAUAUGGUUGCCUAGACCUUUGCAUGGAAAAUAUUCACAGUACACGCUUGAAAGAAAAGCGGACUUGA